CAUAUAGUAUUGAGUGAACAAUAACAAGUCAACAUUAAGGGUUUUAUCAUUUUGAAAAACAGAUUGUCGUUUGCAAUUCUUUGCGAGAUACUGUUGUAUUUUUUUUUCUCGCGGUAUGAAGAGCAAUUAGAUAAGAAAUUGAUCUAAUAUUGCAGAAAUUUGACAAAUAUCUUGUUUAGAAAGUGGAGAAAGGAAUCGGUAUUCACUAAUAGUUGACAAACGGUUGAACUUUAAAAAAACCGAAACUUGUGUGAAUAAUCUAACGAAAAGAAAAACUUUUAAUAACACAAAACAAACGAGGAAAAAGAAAUCUUCAAAAAUGGCUAGCGAGGACAGAAAUUCCACCUCAGCCAAUUCGUUACAGAAUGGGAAAUCCUUCUCAAUCAGCAGCAUUUUGGCUAAAGAAACAGAACAGAAAGAAAUGACAGAAAGUAAAGAUAGUGACCAGCCAGCAGUGGUCUCAAAGAUUGGUUUCCCGUCCCUGGACGCCAGCAAGCUAUUUUCCCUGAGACCGGAGGGUGCGUCCAGUUUUCCUGUGUCUCCCUUAUCCUCACUGCCUGCAUGGUACCAGUGGUACACCGCGGGACACCAGUUCCUUCAGCAGCUUCACCACGAGAAAUUAUCACAAACUAACAGUCUUGUCAACAAGCUACAUUUGCAGCCAAAAGAUUUGUCACCAAUAUUCAGGAACUCGCUCGCUAACUGUCACAAUUCAGAGUCUGCCAGUAAAGAUUCGAACGAGACAUGUAUUUCUCCCCGGUCGAGGUCUUCUUCGCCGGAAGCCGAGCUUUCUGACUCGAAAUCAGACGACGAAAACACAAAUGCUAUUUCAAUCGAAUCGAACUUGAGUGACAGCCAAGACGAGGACCGGAAAAAUAGAAGAAAGAAAAAGACCAGAACAGUUUUUUCCCGAAGUCAAGUAUUUCAGUUGGAGAGCACAUUCGACAUGAAACGUUACCUGUCGAGUUCAGAGAGAGCUGGUCUUGCGGCAUCAUUGCAGCUCACAGAGACCCAGGUUAAAAUUUGGUUUCAAAACAGGCGGAACAAGUGGAAAAGACAGUUGGCCGCAGAGUUAGAAGCAGCGAAUAUGUCGCAGAUCGCAGCGGGGCAUCGGUUGGUCAGAGUCCCUAUUCUUUACCACGACACCCCUGGUCAUAACAACUCACAGGAAGUCAACACGUCUCUCGCGCAUGCGAACUACAGAGACCCACUCUACCUGGCUUCCGCCGGAUAUUCAUCGUUAUCACAGGUUAGAUCUGCAAUCGUUUGAGAGACAUAUCGGACCUCACCCUUUUUGAAAUCUUUUCGCGCGAGAGCUCGAAGCUGUCGUGGCAUCAAAGUGGCCAUGUUGUAAUUAAUUUAAUAGUGCUUGAAGUCAGCAACUCUCAGUUUAGUAGAGUUGUUUGGUUAAUAAUAUACAAAAUAUCAUUACCUGUAUUGUGAAAUUCUUUGAUAACAGCUACAACGAAAUGUGAUAGCUGUUUUAUUGACUGAUGCGCCAAAACAAUAAAGGUACUAUGUCAGCCACUUGACGUACAAGCGAGGGACACAAAAAUGUGAAGUUAUGACGAAGAGGCAGACAAUCCUAAUUUGGUGUAAUGUAACACUCCCUGUUCUGUUAUUAACAUUGAUCCUUGCAUGUUGUUUUAUGUUGAUUCUUAUUGCUUCCGUUGUAUCAUAUUGUUUCAUUGGUGCUCUGCUAUAUCCCUUACCAAUACUCAAUGUACAAUUUUCUUUCGUCUAUUUUAUAAACUUUUUAAUCGUUCAGAUAUAUUGAUACUCAGCUGUUACUCAAAUACAGGAAUCGUUUUUGCGAUAUAGGAGAAAUAUAAACUGUAUAUGUAUAUAUUUGAUAUUACUCAGUACGCUUGCUAGUUAUUAAAACUUACAUUGUAGAUUACAUUGGUACACAUUUAUGGAAUACUGUGCAUUUCUAAAAUUAAUGAUGAUAAUUCUUUUUAAAAUUUUGGCCUGAACCGUGCAGUAAAUUGAAAUAAAUAUUUUUGCAGAGUAUUUAUAAAUAUAUAAAUAUAGAUAAUAUUCGAUCUCAAAAAUAUUUCAUUAGGAUUUUAUUACCUACUUUUUAAUUUAUUUUAACCCCUAUAUUUAUCUUUACGUUUUUGUCUUUUAAGUGUCUAAAAUUUACUUUUUAUUAAAGGUUUUACAACUAUUACAACAUUAUGUUAACAACUAACUUUUCAUAUUCUAAAAAAUGGAGAGAAAAAAUAAUGUAACAACAGAGCAAAAUUUACCGCGUUCGUCAUUGGUCAUCCAAUUGAAUUCAUUGUCGAAUGAAAACUAUCCAGAAAAUUGUUACCUGCAAGAAACCUGAUAUUCCCGCGAAGACAAAAUGUUCAGUUCUUGAUACAAUUUCAUCGAUUGGGUUAUUUGUUUUGCCAAUAGCAUCUUGACACGCCAUGGCUUGUGCAAUGCUCUUCUAGUCUUUUUGUGUUGUUACUGUUGAUUUUAUUUUAAGAAAUAAAAUAUCAUAUCAAAUA